GAAGGAGGUUUGUAUAUAGAUUAUGAAAGUAACAUAUAUAGGCAAAACAUGUGCGUUUACUUCCAUACCAUUAUCCUUUGUAAAAGCAUUGGCAAUUCAUUCCCUCCAAGAGCCAUGUCUUUCUUCCAACUUGCCUUGCAUUUUAGGCUUACGCCAAAACUAACUUCAACCCUAUGUUUGUUGGGAAAGGAAUAUAUAUAUUCACAUUAUUAGGUGUUUAAUAUAAAUACAGCUAAAUAACAAAAACUGCAUUGUUUUAAAUCCUUUGGAAGAAACCUUGAUUUAUGCUUUCACUCAUAUAUUCAUGUUUUCCAGGAGUAGAUCCAUGAUGGAAUUGGAAUCAUGUGUGCCACCAGGCUUUAGAUUUCAUCCCACUGAAGAAGAACUUGUAGGAUAUUAUCUCAGAAGAAAGAUUAACUCACUCAAAAUUGAUCUAGAUGUUAUUAUCGAGAUUGAUCUAUACAAGAUGGAGCCAUGGGAUAUCCAAGCAAGAUGUAAUGUAGGGAAUGAAGAGCAAAGCGAGUGGUACUUCUUCAGUUAUAAAGAUAGGAAGUAUCCAACAGGGACAAGGACAAACAGAGCCACUGCAGCUGGGUUUUGGAAGGCAACAGGGAGGGAUAAAUCUGUGCUUUCAAAGAACAGUAUUAUAGGGAUGAGAAAGACCCUGGUUUUCUAUAAGGGUCGUGCACCUAAUGGUAGGAAAACUGAUUGGAUCAUGCAUGAGUAUCGCCUCCAGACUUCUGAACAUGGACCGCCCCAGGAAGAAGGAUGGGUGGUGUGCCGGGCAUUUAGAAAGCCAUGUCCUAAUCAAAGGCAAGGCUUUGAAGCAUGGAGCCAUGGUUACUAUAUGAGAGAUAACAGCCAAGUUAGGCCUCCCGUUUCCCUUUCAGAUAUAGCAACUACAUCUCAUCUUCAUCUUCGCAGGAAUCAAGGAUCAAGUUUUUAUGAAUCCUAUGGUUCGGAGCAAGAGCUUGUUUCCAACACUCACAAUUUUUUGGACAACCAACAAGUGAUUGAGCUUCCACAACUGGAUAGCCCCAUUACUGUUUCACCAAGUUUAGCAGAAAAAGAAGUUUUUCAUUGUGAUGAAGAAAAGAGCAAUGAGAGUAGUCAAAUACAUAUAAUCGACUGGAAGAACUUUGAUAACUUGUUUAACUCUCAGCUCACUGAUACAACAUCUUAUCCAUAUCAAACUGCGGCACUAAUACCCCAAAAUGAUGAACUAGAGGCCCAACAACACCAUCUCCUAGGUUGCUUCCCUGGAUCAUAGGUGAAGCCCACAGUAAUUUUACAAUUGACUUAUGCAAGAAUGCUGAUUCAGACAGCUAAAAAUCUUGUUGUCUCAAAUUAAUAUAUAUUGGAGCUAAGUUUGAAAAUCCAUGAUCAGAUUUAUUAAUAUGAUUGCAUUGCUAAAGGUAGAGUACAUGUAGUAGAAAAAAGCAUGGUUUUGUUAUGUUAAAGAGAGACUUCCUGCAUGCUUUAGGGUGUAUGAAGAAAGUUUCACUUCACUUAUUAUUAUUAUUAUUUGUCAUGGCUACGAAACUGUAUAUUGCGCAUGCAUUAGUGCAUAUAUACCUAAGUAAUAAUGUUGGGUUUUUUUUUCAUAA